CUGCCAUAUGUGAAGGUGGGCACAAUCAACUACCACUCGACCGGCCAUCAUUUGGAGCACUACCAGUCACUGCGUGGGACAAGCAAGGUGGAAGCUGUCCAUUCGGUACUCGACCGAACCUUCUACUCCCAGCGUGGUAUUGGUGCAGAAGUCUUCGAUGCGCGGUUGGGAUGGUGGAUUCUGGGGUACAAUCGUCGCCGCCUGCGUGCUCUUGGCAAGAAGGUUCCGCCAGACAGCAUGCCACCAAAGGUGUGCGAACACUACAUGGCACGUGGGCUGUGCACUGACUUCCCUGACUGGUCAAUAGCUGCAGCAGGCUCUGAGGCCAGUGUCAAAAUUGGCUAUGACUAUGGACGCUUCGUGACUGGCGAGGAACAGCAGAUUGAGCCUGAUUUGAACGAGGAAGCAGUGCAUACUGAUGGCGAUCAGGUUGUACCUGACCCUCUGGAGGAAAGAUCAAUGGUGGCGACAUCAGCUGAGGUA